AUGAACGAGCUAGAAACAGGCUUUGAUGCACUAAGCAUCAACCGACUGAUUAAUCCCAUAGACAAAGAUAUACCAAAUGAGAUUCCGUUCUGUCCAUCAGGCAAUCUCGCAACGAAAUUACAGGACACUCCCCGUUAUCUCUUUCGCGUUUUUUCAAAGAAUUCCGCAGGAGAGAACAGUAGUGAAUGGAUGAAAUCCGUUGACGCGCAAAAGGGCAAUUUCACAGAUAUUUUUAAACGAGAUAAUGCUUCAGCUGUCGCUUUAACUCUCAACGAGCAUCUCAUGCCGUGGCCAAAAAAAAAUGGAGAUCCUUUCAUCUCCUGGACAACUUCGCUUCUUUUCGCGAUCCAGUACGCUAUCUUCAAGUAUAAGAAGGAACACGUCGAACUGAACACGAUUUAUCUGUGCAUUGUUGACACUACUCAGUUCCCUAGCGGAGUGUUCAUAAAAGACCUCGACCUGAUCGAGGAAUUCCAAGAUAAGGUCACCGAUGACCACGUCAUCUGGUAUAAAAACAAGCGGCGUUACUGGAAAAACAUAGGGCUCAGCAACAUCCGUCAAUUACGAAAUAGGAAACCUGAGGGGUAUUCUGGUAUUUACUACUUCGGAGAAUACCUCUCACAGGGGCAGACCAAGAUCAAUGGCCGUUCAUGUACGGUGCCUUGCGAUAAGGUUAUUAACAAUCACUUGUUUGCCAUGAUGCCCAACUUCAAAGUGGAAAUGGAAAGCGAAGCUCAAUUAUGGGCAAAAGCAGUGAUAAAGUUUCGAGAGCCGUCGCAGUCCAAAAUCAUGGAGCAAGAGGCGAUAGACAAUUCCGAAUUCUUCGAGGCAAAGGCGAUAGCAUUAGAAUUUGGCACGAAAUGGUUUCUGCCAAUGCUAGCCAAUUUAUUGGCCAUGAGUCCUCGUACGGCUAACCCCGCGAACAUACGUCUGAUAUCGAAGCUAUUUUCCAACGGCGUGGAACACAGUCUAUUGUCCAAAAUCACGAACGUUGUGGCCGAUGACAAUAUUCCUGAGGUCCUCCGGUUUAGGGAGAUCGUUCAUGCUAUUAACAAGGACUACCACGCCGAUCGUGCUGCCGUCCUAGUAAGAUCUAUGGAAGAGACUGCAGGUGCAUCCCUCACCACAAACUACCUCACAAUGGUAAACCAAGACAAAUUUCCAAAUGCUAAUACUUCAAGUUCUAUGAUAGAUAUUGUGCGCCACUUUAUACGCGACUCUGAGACCACUGAAAGCCAAAAUACGUUGGGUACAGGCAACUUAGCAGGCUGUCCUCCUACCGUACAUCAUGAUCAUGUGCAGUCGCUUAAGCGGAGCUUGGAAACGCUAAGCAUAAUUAUACAAGAAUUUCAAGAAGCUACGAGUUAG